UGAAUUAGCUGCCGGCUGUUGGUCGGUCAUCGCUCAUUCGUUCAACAGCCAACAGCCGUGUGGCCGCCUUAGCAAAUAUCUCCGCGUUAAGGCGCCUCAAAGCUACUUUAUUCGUUCAAAUUGUUCCCCUCGUCGUGGUCAUGCCGGUGAAAUAACGCCAGCCGGUCAUGUCCAAGCGACCGGGUACCGACGACGGGCUGCAGAGUUCACCGAGCGUUCCCCAGUGCGACUUCGCCGGCGGCGGGGACGUCAACAUGGACGCGACUGCGGAGAAGAUGGAGAAGAUGGACGUCUCCCUGGCGGAAAUCCUCGCGCUGUACAGCCAGCCCCUCAACGAGGAGCAAGCCUGGGCCGUCUGCUACCAGUGUUGCCGGACGCUGGAGGCGAGGCGGCCCUUGCGGAAAGGCUCCAAGAGCGGCGGCGGUGGCGACUCCCCGCGGAGGAUCGAGGGUCCCGGGGAUGUGAGGAUCGGUCGGGACGGCACCGUCACGCUGCGCUUUGAACGCACCGCAGAUAAAUAUGGAUCGGCGCCAACGUCACUUGAGGUGAUCGACUCGCUGGGCGUUAUGAUCUACAAGGCCCUGGACUAUGGACUGAAGGAGAACGAGGAGCGCGAGCUGAGCCCGCCACUGGAGCACCUCAUCGACAUGAUGACCAACGCGCAGGAGGCAGAGAGUGACGACGCCUGCCCCGAUGAGGGCUACGAGGCCACCGAGGAGGAAGAGGAAGAGGAAGAGGAGGAGGAACAGCUGGCUGUCUCGACUUCAGGCGGCACCAUCAGCCAAAUACGAAGCUACCGCGACCUGAUAACGCUGUGUUCCUCCCACCUUCCAAGCCCCUCAGAUGCCCCGGACCACUACCAGGCCGUGUGCCGCGCCCUCUACGCCGAGUCCGGGGAACUGCGAACGUUCCUGGAGAAGAUCAAGAGCGCAAAGGAGAAUCUUCGCAAAAUGGAAGGCGAGACCCACCAACAGCCUGUUAGAGACCUGGAUGAGCUCCAAAAUGCAGAUUGGGCGCGGUUCUGGGUGCAAGUGAUGCGAGACCUACGCCACGGCGUGAAGCUAAAGAAGGUGCAGGAGCGUCAAUACAACCCGCUGCCCAUAGAGUACCAGCUGACGCCCUACGAGAUGCUCAUGGACGACAUCCGCUCCAAGCGCUACAAGCUUCGUAAAGUCAUGGUAAACGGCGACAUCCCCCCGAGGCUGAAGAAGAGCGCCCAUGAGGUCAUCCUUGAGUUCAUCAGGUCGCGGCCUCCACUCAAUCCCGUGUCGGCCCGCAAGUUGAAGCCUACGCCGCCGCGACCGCAGAGCCUCCACGAACGCCUGCUGGAGGACAUCAAGACGGAGAGGAAGCUCAGACCCGUCUCGCCGGACUUGACCCGGAGGACCCGUCUGGGUGCUGGGAAAAGCAUCAGCACGCCUCACGAUUUGUGCCGGACCUCAGACACCCCCGACGCCCCCCGCAAGCUGGCCACCAGCACGCAGUCGCUAGCGCGGGGCUCGGCUAACCAGAUGAGCCAAAGGAAGAGACUCCUGCACGCGCCCACGCUGGCGGAACUGGAGAGCUCCGAUUCCGACGAGGAGACGACGAGGAGCAGCUCCAGCGCGACCACUUCCUUGAUGGACAUAUCUCCAGAUUCUACCAAGGGCGUGAAGUCUCUACCGGCGUUCCUGCCCGUGUCCGCCACGCCGCUGCCGGACAAGCGUCAGCCGUCGGCUUCCCUGCGGCGCCACUCCAUCGAGAAGGAGGCGCCCGCCAACGCCGCCCCCUUCGUCGCGCCAUCCAGACAGAGCUCCAAGUCUCUGCUGAUGGACAACGCCGGCAAGGUCCAAGCUGCUAGUAGUGCUGCUCAGGGCACGGUCUCUCGCUGGUGUGCUGUCCCCCAGGAGGAGUUCCGCUUCCCGGUGGAGUGUCUGGCGCUGACGGUGGAGGAGGUGAUGCACAUCCGUCAGGUGCUGGUCAAAGCCGAGCUGGAGAAGUUCCAGCAGUACAAGGACGUCUACAACGCGCUCAAGAAAGGGAAGCUUUGCUUCUCGUGUCGCGCGAAGAGGUUCUCCUUCUUCACCUGGUCGUACACGUGCCAGUUCUGCAAGAGGCCUGUGUGCUCACAGUGCUCCACAAAGAUUCGUCUUCCGUCCAAGCCCUACGCCACGUUGCCCAUCUACACUUUGGGCCCCAGCGCGUCGGCUAAAGACGAAGCGGGCGCAUCUUCGGCCUCAUCCGAGUCGUUCGGGUCGGCGCGGAACCGCCGCAGCCUCCGCCGAAGCGUCUACAACAAGGGUGACGACGCGUCACCUCCGACCCGGGGCGACCUGGACCUCCCCGAGGAGCUGACGGAGGACUGGGCGUCCAUGGAGGUGUGCGUGGACUGCAAGAAGUUCAUCACGGAGAUCAUCUCGUCCAGCAAGCGCAGCCUGUGCGUGGCCAGCAAGCGGGCGCGCCUCCACCGCCGGACUCGCUCCUUCUACCGCAGCUCGUCCGCCUCCGUCGACUUCCGUCGCUCGCCGCGCAUCGCCAUCCACGAGGCGUAGACCGGGGGAACCCGCAAAAGACGUCGCGGGUUCUUCCCGCUCGCCAGAGUCGGUUCCCGCGCUCGGGAAAACGUUGGAGGAUGCUAAAGCGGAGAAAAGGAAGGACGGACUAAAUGGCUGUACAUAGCGUCCGAGCUCAGCCCAGCAAGUUUUCCUCGUUAGCACUCAGGAACAACAAGCGAUUGUCGAGACCCUCAGGUCGCCUUCCUCCAACCAAGCCAGCUUUUUUUUCUUUUUUUUUUUCUUCUUUUCAUGCUGCAAUUUCCCAACCCCCCUUUUUUAUUUGUACAAUUAUACCAAAUAAUCACUUUUGACGACGGCUUUCACGGUGGAAAUGGCAACAAACAAACAAACAAACAUUUUUCCCCUUUUUUUUUUUGGUCCACAUUUUUUUUUUAUCAUUCCAAUUAUACCAAGUCAUCAUUUUUGAUGACUUCUUCCAUGGUGGAAAUGGUAAAAAAAAGAUGCCCCCCCCCCCCCCCACCCAUCAUUGGAGCUUUUGUCCACCCUUUUUAUUAGCUGAAUUACAGCAAAAUAGUUUUGGCUACUUUUCACAUGGAAAUGGCCAAAAAUACAUCUGCUUUAUCCCACAUUGGAGCUCCCCCCCCCCCCCCCCCCCACACACACACACUUUUUAAAUGUAUUUAUUUAUUUAGUUUAAAUGAGGUCAAUCAUACCAAAUAAUUAUUUUUUUGACUACAACUCCCAUAGCAGAAAUGGCAGCGUUUGUUUUUGCCCCCCAUAAUUAUUGCCAAAUUGGAGUAUUUAUUUUCACUUUUUUUUAUUAAACCAGUUUCAUCAAAUAAAAAUAUACUAUAUUUUGUAAUAGUAGCAAUGCCAGAUUUACAUUUUUUCUUUUUUGUCCCACGACACCAAACCAAAUCAUUUUCCUUCUUCUCUGAUGGUGGAAAUGCCCGCUUCCCCCUUUUUAUAAUAUAUAUAAUUUUGCCCCCCCACAAAAAUCUCAAAAUGAUUGCUCAAUUCCACCCAAAAUUAUGUUUAAGUUUAAAUUCCUCCGAUUUCGCCAACUAUAAGCACUUCUCUAAUUAACAGAUUUUUUUUCCCCAAUUUUGUUUUCCAACUUUUUGUCUAUUUUUUUUUUUGUCAACGUGAUUUUUGAAAAGUGUGCCUGGUGCCAAACUGCAGUUUGUUUUCUGCUUGUACAUAGUGUACAUGUAUUGAGUGCUGCGGACUCAUUGGCUGCUGCUUCUGCGAAUGUUGUACAUGCUGUAUUGCGCAAAAUGCUCCAGAUUUAAUACGACUUUUAUUUGUUUUAAGAGGAUCAAAUGUUUAUGUCAAAUCAAAGUCUUUAUUUUAUGUGUUGAAAAAAAAAAAAAAAAAAAACCCUCCUGGGUCUAUUUAUUUAUGUCGGGCUUUUGUCUUCAUAAUUAUUCAUUUGUUCCGCACGAAUGAAGGAUGAAUUCAACGUCAGCCGUUCACACAGAACAAAUGUGGUUGUUGAAGAUGUCACAUGACCUUUUCUGAUGCUUGAAGAAAAACACCAAACCAGCCGGGCCUGUUCUCAAUGACGCUCAUGUUCCCACCCAAGCUGAUUUGAAGUUUUAGGCUGCUGCCAGGAAUGUGUGCAUGCUUCUGUCUCUUUUUUGUUUUGUUUUUUUAAAUGGAAGAAACGACAAUAAAAACAUUGGUUUCUUA